CUCCACGACCGACUUUGGGCAGCCCUGCUUUACAGAGAGCUGGACUUGGACAGAAACUGUUUGCCAUAAAACUAAGCCAGCAGCUCCUGAUGCUUAUCGCAGCUGCAGUUCCGCCAGCAGCCACAAAGCGGCGCUGUUUCUCCACUUCCACAACUACCUGUAUUUGGUGAAGGACUAUAUGUUGUAAAAAUCUUCCAAACUGUUAUUUUUCUCUGUUUUUUGGGCUCUUCGGCGGGUCCACUCCGUGUCUGAGGAAAAUGUGAAGACCCUUCUCUCCGUGUUCUGGAGAACCAGUCCCCGUUCGGCAGGUUUGGACAGCUGUUUAACAGAAUUUGGGUCUGUGGUUGGAGGUUUUACUGCAAAAACAAGUUAGCUGAACAGCUAAUCCCGAAAGUCCCGAGCGGGUUUAAAGAGUCCCCACGGGGAGCAAACAGGCCGUCGGAGGUUAACUUUAUCCGGGAACUGAACCCAAUCCUUCGUUUUUAAAUAUUUUACUUCGGUUCGGUGUUUUUCCGUUUCUACUGUACAGCAGCUGGAUCGGUUCUGAGGGGAUAAAUGUCGCUCCAGUCCGCAUCCCCGUUCAGAUCCGGACGGUUUUUGCGGUGGAAAAUGCGGUAAAGCGGGCGAAGCUCCGGCGUUGUGUCCGCUGACGCGGCGGCUCUGACUCUGCUGCCUCUGAGGCCUGCAGGUCGGGCUUCCACCGGGCUACAGUACAGCCCUCAACCGCCGUAGGAGCGUCGGAGGGCGGCUUACCACGCCGCCACCUCUGGGCCUGCGCGUCAAGGGAUGGAACGGAUGGAAGUAGACCAAUGCGCAGGCGCAGGAGGCGGGGCACUACGUAGAUCAAACAGCGCCCCCAUGAUUACCAAUGUCAGUGACGGGAUGACCGUCUUCAGCCCCGUGUGUUCGGCUCGGUACCGGCGCAGCAGCGUGUCCAUCAACCCCUCACAGUUCGUCCCCUUGUCUCCGUUCUCCCUGAGCGGGGACAGACUGGACCACAAGAGGCCGGAGGAGAACAUGGAGACCACGCUCCGAGGGAACAUCCACAGACUCAGUGCUUCCAGUCUGGUUCCAGUGCCGCCAGGCAGCCUGUGGCAGGACCACACCUCCACGUGGUUUCCAUCUCAGGACAGUGGCGUCACACCCAACUCGUCGCCCAGCCCGACCCGGAGGUUCAGACCCGCCGCCGCCGCCAGACCCACCACCGCCGUAAGAUGGCCACUGCUGACGCCCCUGAAGAGGAAAGGUGGUGUCGAUUCGGACGGGCCACCGAAGAAGCUGUUUGUUGCUGGGGUGACGGACCCCGCUCACCGCGGCAGCAGCUACACUGUCAGCGUCUCCCAGACAACCGUGGACGCUCCGCCUGUAGGGGGCGUCAGCCCCCAGCCCCGUCCACUGACCCUGUCCCCUCCCCCCACCUUCUCCCCUCACCAGCACCCCUAGAGCACCACCCCCAAUGCAUCGCCACCACCUGGUUUCUGCCCAAUCAACUGCCAGCAUCACUGUAAGCCCCGCCCCUUCCUGCAGACUUGCUCAGCGGCUCCCCCUGCUGGCUGCUCCACCGCCCAUCUGGGGACGGAGGUCAGGGGGCGCGCUGGACGUGUCCCCAGGAGGAAACGCGUCCCCACGGCGCUGUAAGGGCCCAGAUUGACCCAGAACAGGUCCGCUCCUGACCUUUGACCCUGCACCGUCUGGAGGCACCGGACCAGAACUCUGAGGUUCUGAUGAACGCGACUCGGUCUCAGCUCCAGAGCCGUUCUGGGUCAGAACCGGGUCAGAACCGGUCUCUGUGUUAAUCAUAAAUCUUGUAUAGAAAGUGGUUCUGGUUCUGUGGUCUGGUGCAUUAAUCCCCUUUUCCAUGACGACGUUCUGCUCAGUCCCGUUUCCACCAGGAGUUCUGGUCCAACCCGGAUGGUCCUGCGCAGUUCUCUAACGAACCAGACUUUGACUAGGCCAUUCUGUCUGGGUCCUGCUUCUGUUGGUGACCCGGUCCGGUGACAAACCAUGACCACACCACCAAACUUCACAGGGUUCAGUUCUGUCCGCUCUGGACUCCAGGUGAACUUUGACCCCAUCCAGGCUGCUGGAGCUGGACCUCCUGUUCCCAUGACAACGGGGACGUCUGGUAGAGCCUCACCACUCAGAACCAUAACCGGUUCUGAUCUCCCAGAACCAGAAUACCCAACACCAUGCGAUAUUUGCACAUCAUC